CCCGUGUUCCUUUUCACCCUCAACAGCAAUGAACGCCGAGGCAUACCUGCGCAAGCAGGGCUGGCAAGGCUCCGGACAUUCUCUCGACACGACCGGGCGCGGCAUCAAGAAGCCUCUUCUUAUUGCGCACAAGAAUGACCAAUUGGGACUUGGCAAAAAGAAGGCAGCGCAUACAACAGACGACCAGUGGUGGAUGCGAGCGUUUGACCAGAGCCUGCAAAGCAUCGGAACUGGCAAAGAUAGCACGCUCGACCAGAUCCGCACCAAGGGCAUCAACCGAGGUGGCCUGUACGGUUUCUUUGUCAAGGGCGAACAAAUAGAGGGCACCAUUGAAGACACAUCCGCGAUUACUACUGAAGCCUCGAAUCCCUCAUCCGGCACCAGUACGCCCCCGACCUCUGCCUCUGACAGCGAAGCGCCCGCAAAGACCUCGGAAAAGAAGAACAAGCGCAAACGGGAAGAGAAGGAAGCGUCUGCAAGCAAGAAGAGCAAGAAGUCCAAAGACUCGUCUGAAAAGACUUCAAAAUCACAACCAAGCGAUAAUGAUCAAGACGCCGUAGCCAAAAAGCUUGCAAAGCUAAAACCCGACGAGAAAGCAGAGUACGAGACUCGCGCUGCUGAAAAGGGCCAGACACUCGAACAAUACGUCCUCCGCCGGAUACAGAAGAAAGCUGAAAAGGAUACGACAAAGGCGAAGAAAGAGGAAAAAACGGACAAGAAGAAACAGAAGAAGCGUGACAAGGUGCGCACAAAGCAGUAGAUGUACAGGCGAAGCAAUCAACCCGGACGUCAGAGACAGAGUCCCCAAAAUACGUCCCUAUUCACAGAUGCAUGAUACGACGGAGAAUAUCGCGCAUCAUGUGGGAUGGAGCUUUGAAGGCUCUACCCAACCUAGCUCGCUACUCAAAAACAGCACAUGAGCAGCCGGCUCCACGCCGCGAACGCACCGAGCCAAGACUGCACAUCAAGAAGGGAGGCUGAUAAUGAAUAGUGCAGCACAAUGAGUAACAAAUUCGCGCAAAAGAGGACCCCGCACACUCAAGUGCGUAGACACAAUGACGAAGGGGAAAAAACGUGCGAAAUAACUUCAGCAACUUAGACAAGAUACCAGCAUAGAAACCGACAAAACGGAUGUUCAGUCACGCAAUCAUACAUUUGUUGUUACAGGGAGAAAACUAUUCAUACCGGAAACC